UUGAGGAGUUGAUCCUUUUUCAGUCGGGAAAAGAAAAAAAUAAAAGAAAUUAUUAGAGAAGUCGGUAUGGGCAGUCUCGCAAGUACAACGUUUGGAAUUGGAAACAUUCCCCAAUUCCCCCUAAUUCCAGAUUUGCUCAAUUUGAUAAGUCACAACUCUCAAUUUGCUCAAUUCGAAAACCUAUUCGGGUUUGAAUUGGGCAUGCCAGAGCACUAAUAAAGAAUUGGAUCUCUCGGAACUGUCGAACAACGCGAGCGAGCGCUUUGUGGAUCGGCAAAAUUCGUCGCCCGGAAGUCGCUUCUCCGGCGGUAGAAGGGAAGGGAUUCUUAGAAGAGGGGUUUCCGGCGGGCUUAGGGGCCCGUAGGUCCCUCGCUCUCUCGGUCUGUCUGUCUGUCUCUCUCUUUGCGCUGCGAAUGCGGCAGAAGCCGAGUUCCCGGAGUUAGUGUAGGGCACAUUCAAGUAUACUAAGCGACGACAAUAAUGAAUGCUCCCAUCAUCGAUCCGUUGCAGGGGGAUUUCCCGGAAGUGAUAGAGGAGUAUUUGGAACAUGGCCUCAUGAAAUGCAUCUCCUUCAACCGGAGGGGAACUCUUCUUGCUGCUGGGUGCUCUGAUGGAAGUUGCAUUAUUUGGGAUUUUGAGACUAGGGGAAUUGCUAAGGAACUAAGGGAUAAAGAUUGUGUUGCUCCCAUAACUAGUGUCUGUUGGUCAAAGUAUGGACAUCACAUACUUGUGUCUGCUGCUGAUAAGUUGUUAACACUUUGGGAUGUUGUCAAAGGAGAGAAGAUUGCUCGUACAAGUCUGAAGCAAACUUCACUACAAGCUCGUCUACAUCCUGGUUCCUCUACUCCCUCUCUUUGCCUAGCAUGUCCACUCUCAUCUGCCCCUGUAAUUGUGGACUUGACCACAGGAAGUACAACUGUCCUUCCAGUUUCAUUGAAUGAGACAGGCACCGGAUCUGCCCCUUCAUCGCGCAAUAAGUUCGCGGAUGGUUCUGCCCCUUAUACUCCAACUGCUGCUUGCUUUAACAAAUAUGGGGACCUGGUCUAUGUGGGUAACUCUAAAGGAGAAAUACUUAUAAUAGAUCACAAGAAUGUCCAAGUUCGUGGUGUUGUUCCUAUUUCUGGGGCUGCUGUGAUAAAAAAUAUUGUAUUUAGUAGGAAUGGGCAAUAUCUUUUGACAAACUCAAAUGACCGUACAAUCAGGAUUUAUGAGAACCUUCUGCCCCUGAAAAAUGGACUUAAAGCCCUUGAUGAAUCAAACAAUACCCAGGAUGAGCUAUGUGGGAUUGAGAAGCUGAAAGCUGUUGGAACAAAGUGCUUAUCAUUAUUCAGGGAGUUCCAAGAUUCUAUCACCAGAGUACAUUGGAAAGCACCAUGUUUUAGUGGUGACGGUGAGUGGGUUGUUGGUGGUUCUGCUGCCAAAGGAGAGCAUAAAAUCUACAUCUGGGAUAGGGUUGGGCAUCUUGUGAAAAUACUAGAAGGCCCAAAAGAAGCAUUGAUAGAUUUAGCAUGGCAUCCUGUUCACCCUAUUGUAGUCUCUGUUUCCCUGACUGGAUUGGCUUAUAUUUGGGCUAAAGAUUAUACUGAGAACUGGAGUGCAUUUGCUCCAGAUUUCAAGGAGCUUGAGGAAAAUGAGGAGUAUGUAGAACGAGAAGACGAGUUCGAUCUGAUGCCUGAAACUGAAAAGGUAAAAGAAUCGGAUGUUAAUGAAGAUGACGAGGUUGAUAUUGUCACAGUAGAAAAGGAUUCGACUUUCAGUGAUUCAGAUGUGUCCCAGGAAGAAAUAUGCUUUCUACCAGCCAUUCCUUUUCCUGAUACUCCUGAGCAUCAAGACAAGUGUGUUGAAAGUUCCUCAAAGCUGGUGGACAGCAACCAUUCUGGAUCUCCGCUUUCAGUGGAUGCUGGACAAAAUGGGCAAGCAAUAAACCAUGCAUCAAGUCCAAUAGAAGCAGUGGAGAAUUCUGCCGCAGAGGACACUGGAGGAACACGCAUUAAAAGACGACGAAAACCUUCGGAGAAGGUGUUGGAGUUGCAAGCUGAGAAGGUGAAGAAACCUUCAAAGAAGAUAAAACCAUCUGGUAAAUCAUCAAAAAUUAAAAGUAAAUCUGUAGUUGAAAAGGGAACUAGUAUUUGUGUGUCUGCAGAUGAUGUUAGUGAAGAAUACAAUUAGUUUAAAGUCCCCAUCAUUUAAUUGAUCUGUGCUAUGAAAAACUUACUCCAGCUGGAUGAUAUAAAUGUUAUUUAUUGUUUCUAGAAAUAGUGGUUGGUAGAUGGAAAAUGUGGUGCCUUCUAACUUGCAUCAAUUUCUUGGGAUUGAAACCCAUUGUAGUAGUUUUCCUUGUUCUUGACAGGUUGUACGCAGAAACAGAAUAAAAUUAUUGUUAUUUAUGCA